AAGAAGUUGAGAGAGGUGUUCGUCGUCGGAGAACGGAGUCUGAGACUUUUCUGAGUGGAGGCUCCACAAACAAGUCGACCUCCAUGGCUGCCAAGGCCUCCCCUCUUGGGUUACCCAAGUCCGGUGCAAUUUCCAAGGGCUACAAUUUUGCUUCUAGAUGGGAACAGAAUGCUCCUCUAACGGAGCAACAGCAAGCGGCGAUUGCGACGCUCUGUCAUGCUGUUGCUGAGCGACCACUUCCCGCUGAUCUGGCACAAGACCGUAUAGGUGGUAAAGAAAAUGCCUUGUCUAUUUCGGUUAAGGAUACCAGCAACGAAGAUUCUGAUGCUAUCGAAGCUGUUUUGGUCAAUACCAAUCAGUUCUACAAAUGGUUUUCUGAUCUUGAAUCAGCCAUGAAGUCUGAGACAGAGGAGAAAUACCACCACUACUUGAACUCUUUAACAGAUCGCAUAGGAACAUGUGAUGAUAUACUUCGCCAGGUAGAUGAGACGCUGGACUUAUUUAACGAACUACAAUUGCAACAUCAGGCUGUAGCAACAAAGACUAGAACGCUUCAUGAUGCAUGUGAUAGACUGGUCAUGGAGAAGCAGAGACUGAUUGAAUUUGCUGAAGCACUUCGCAAUAAGCUCAACUACUUUGAUGAGUUGGAGAAUAUUACUGCCAUCUUUUAUUCCCCAAAUAUGAGUGUUGGAAAUGAAAAUUUUCUUCCAAUGCUGAAAAGACUUGAUGACUGCAUAUUAUUUGCUGAAAGUAAUCCCCAAUAUGCUGAAUCCAGCGUUUAUUUGCUCAAAUUUCGACAACUCCAGUCUCGGGCACUUGGUAUGAUCCGGUUUCAUGUUGUUUCUGUUCUCAAAAGUGCUUCUUCUCAGGUUCAGGCAGCCAUGCGUAGUAGCAGUGGCAGUAAUAAUGCUGUUUCCGAGGGUGUAGAAGCAUCUUUUAUCUAUGUGCGAUUUGAGGCAGCAGCAGCUGAGCUCAAACCGGUGCUGGAAGAAAUUGAAAGCAGAUCAACAAGGAAAGAUUAUAUUGAGAUCCUUGCAGAAUGCCAUAGACUGUACUGUGAGCAACGGUUCUCCCUGAUAAAGAAUAUAGUGCAUCAACGGAUAUCUGAGUUUGCUAAGAAGGAGGCUCUCCCUUCAUUGACUAGAUCUGGAUGUGCAUAUCUGAUGCAGGUGUGUCAGCUUGAGCACCAGCUCUUUGAUCAUUUCUUCCCAUCUUCUUCGGAUAAUGUUUCGAGCUUGGCUCCUUUAAUAGAUCCAUUGUCUACAUACCUGUACGAUACAUUGCGUCCUAGACUUGUUCAUGAAACAAGUUUGGACUUUUUGUGUGAACUAGUAGAUAUUCUUAAAGUUGAAGUUUUAGGAGAACAACUCACUCAAUCAGGAGAAUCGUUAGUUGGAUUACGUCCUACACUUCAAAGGAUUCUAGCUGAUGUUCAUGAACGAUUAACAUUUCGAGCUCGAACACACAUUCGUGAUGAGAUUGCAAAUUAUUUUCCUUCCAAUGAAGACUUGGAGUAUCCAGAAAAGCUUGAGAAAACUGCAGGGGAAUUGUCAGAAAAUACUUCUGUUGGCAUGAAUCAAGGUGCACCUAACGCUUGGUAUCCUCCACUGGAGAAAACUUUAUCAUACCUUUCAAAGUUGUAUCGUUGCCUAGAACCAGUUGUAUUCACUGGUUUAGCCCAGGAAGCUGUGGAAGUUUGUUCUACAUCUAUCCAAAACGCUAGUAAACUUAUUGCUAAAAGAUCGUCACCUAUGGAUGGGCAACUUUUCUUGAUAAAGCACUUCCUCAUUCUACGGGAGCAGAUUGCGAGUUUUGAUGUAGAGCUUUCUGCAACCCACAAGGAACUUGAUUUCUCUCAUGUCCUGGAGCAUCUUCGAAGGAUUCUUAGAGGUCAAGCCUCCAUUUUUGACUGGACAAAAUCAACUUCAUUGGCAAGGACACUAUCCCCCCGAGUUUUGGAGAGUCAAAUUGAUGCUAAGAAGGAUCUGGAGAAGAACCUGAAAGCGACUUGUGAAGAGUUUAUUAUGUCUGUUACCAAGCUGGUUGUGGAUCCCAUGCUCUCAUUCGUGACCAAGGUGACUGCUGUCAAAGUGGCGUCAGGCCAUCAGAACCAAAAGUUAGAAUCAAUCUUGGAGAAACCACUAAGGGAUCAAGCUUUUGCCACUCCAGAAAAGGUGGUCGAAUUAGUUCAAAAGGUUAAUGCUGCUAUUCAGCAACAGCUGCCUUUGGUUAUGGAGAAAAUGAAACUUUAUCUACAGAACCCUACCACAAGAAUGAUUCUUUUCAAUCCUAUAAAGGUAAACAUAGUGGAAGCUCAUCUACAAGUACAAAAUUUGCUCAAGGCAGAGUACUCUUCUGAAGAGAUAAAAGAAGCAAUCAAUAUGACUCCCAUACAUGUUCUGCAAACUCAACUUGAUAUUCUCCUGUAGACUGCUGGGCCAAGUUUGAUUCUCUCUGUAGAAAUUCAUCACCAACAGUGGCAUCCAUUGGCGGAGUUGGCAAAUGUUUAUUCUUUGUGUCAAGGUGUUGUUUAUUUGUGGGGGAAACAGGUUUCUGGAAUGAUAUAAUAUGGCGUAGCCUUCCUUUAUGUUCUUAUAUUUGAUUAAUGUAUCUAGGCCAUUGCCACUUACAGUUGUAGUUGGUGCCUCCUUUUUUAGAAACAUUGCUUGGGAAGUCGAACUUUACAUGAAUAACUUAGUUUAAAAAACUUGUUCUACAAUCAUUGAUAAUAUGCCACCCACGGCACAGUUUGAUCAUUGUUGAGAUAACCUUAAAUUUUUUAUA